AUGGACCAAACAACUCCGAAAGACAAAUUGACAAAAUCCACUCCCCUGCGGGACAACCAACGGAAAUCCCCUCACAGGUCGCUAAAAUACUCCAAACUUACUUCACACGCCAAUAUCCUGCACAUACAUCCACUCUUAUUGAUAACUACCUUAACUCCAUCAGACUGCCAAGCCUAUCCACGGCUUCACGGGGCU